CCCAACUCUUCACAAACUUCACUUCCUGUUUUUCUCCGCAUGAUCCUCGGUAUAUGCUUCCACAAAAUUCUCUUCUUAUCCCCCCUUCCCCCCUCCCCUUUCUUCCCAUUCUAAUCAAUGGCGGCCACCACCACCAUAACACCUUGUUCUUCUUCUAUUCUUCUCCAUAAUAAUAACAAAACAAACCCUUUUUUCCACUCUUUAAACCCCAAAAAACCAUCUCUUCUCUUCCACCCUUUUCCUACCCUUUCUUUCUCUUCAUCUCUCUCCUCUUCUACUCCACCACCACCACUAUGUGCCCCACGCGUAUCCACCGCAACUAUAGAGUACGCGCCGCCUGCUCCAGACUCCAAUUUCCACCAUGAAAUCUCUCGCUUAAAAGCUCUUCGUUUAAAGCUUUCAUCUUCCACAACCCUCAAGCAAAAGCUCAAAAUCCUUGACUCUGAUGCUAAAGUCAAGUUCUUUUUAAACACCCAUGGUUAUAAAAAGGUUUUGAGUUCACUCGGUUUGGGCUUAAACGAAUUGUUUUUGGUUAAGUCCAUGGUUGCAGCUGGUCAAGACCAUGUGUUCGACAUGGGUUUUGGUUUUGAAGAUAGGGAAAUGAGUUCAGUGAAGACGGCGCUUUAUUCAUUGGCCAAAAUCAUUGAAAAAUGGGACUUCAGCAAUGGCGGCAAUGGCAAUGGUGGAAGAGAGAAUCAAAACGGCGGUGUUUUGGUGGGUGAGGACACUCAACAAGACUUCAACAACCUGUUGAAGGUUUUAGGUGAAGUUGAAGAGUUUUAUGAUUGCAUUGGUGGAAUUAUAGGGUAUCAAAUAAUGGUGCUUGAGUUACUUGCACAAUCCUCAUUUGAAACUCAAUCUAUAAACAAUUCCAAUCAUUUACAUGAAUCAAUGGAAUGUCAGUUUUUAGAAAUUCAUCCUCCUAUUGGUUGUGACCUUUCAUCAAACACUGAAUAUGCAUCUCAAGCUGCUUUAUGGGGAAUUGAGGGUUUGCCAGAUUUAGGUGAAAUAUAUCCACUGGGAGGUUCAGCUGAUAGGCUUGGUUUGGUUGAUUCUGAAACUGGUGAAUGUCUUCCAGCUGCAAUGCUUCCUUAUUGUGGCAGAACAUUGUUAGAAGGUCUUGUAAGAGAUCUUCAGGCUAGAGAGUUCCUUUACUUCAAGCUAUAUGGCAAACAAUGCAUCACUCCUGUUGCGAUCAUGACGAGUUCGGCUAAGAACAACCAUGAACAUAUCACUUCGCUUUGUGAAAAACUCGGAUGGUUUGGAAGAGGCCGGUCAAGUUUUCGACUCUUUGAACAGCCUUUAGUCCCUGCCGUAAGUGCCGAAGACGGACAAUGGCUGGUUAGGAAACCAUUUGUGCCUGUUUGUAAGCCUGGUGGUCAUGGUGUAAUAUGGAAACUCGCAUACGAUAAAGGUGUUUUUCAAUGGUUUUAUGAUCAUGGAAGGAAAGGUGCUACCGUUCGGCAAGUCAGUAAUGUUGUCGCUGCUACUGAUGUGACCCUCUUGGCAUUGGCGGGGAUCGGUUUACAUCAUGGAAAGAAACUCGGGUUCGCGUCCUGCAAGAGGAAUAUGGGUGCUACGGAAGGAAUCAAUGUUCUAAUUGAGAAGAACCUCGAUGGGGAGUGGGCAUACGGUUUGUCAUGCAUUGAAUACACUGAGUUUGAUAAGUUUGGAAUCACAAGCGGACAUCAUUCACCUAAUAGUUUGCAGGCAGAGUUCCCUGCUAAUACGAACAUUCUUUAUGUGGAUCUACCUUCAGUUGAGUUAGUUGCAUCGAGUAGAAGUGAAAGAAGUUUACCCGGAAUGGUUUUAAAUACGAAAAAGUCAAUUGUAUACACGGAUUAUUUUGGAAACCGGCACAGUGUUCCCGGUGGCAGGCUUGAGUGCACUAUGCAAAACAUCGCGGAUAAUUUUCUUAAUACAUAUCCAUCUAGGUGUUUCAAGGGUGUGGAAGAUAAUUUGGAUACCUUUAUUGUUUAUAACGAACGAAGAAGGGUCACAUCAUCCGCUAAGAAGAAAAGAAAACCUUCGGACACCUCACUUCACCAGACUCCUGAAGGUUCACUGUUGGAUAUCAUGCGGAAUGCUUAUGAUCUUCUUUCAUGGUGCGAUAUUGAUCUUCCCGAGGUUGAAAGUAACGAUAAAUACGUUGACUCCAGACCACCGUUUCUCAUCUUUCUACAUCCCGCACUCGGACCAGUUUGGGAGGUCACCAGGCAGAAAUUUAGCGGAGGUUCCAUCUCUAAGGGCUCGGAGUUACAAGUCGAAGUAGCAGAGUUCUUGUGGAGAAACAUUCAGCUCGAUGGGAGCAUGAUUAUUGUAGCUGAAAACAUUAUGGGCUCGACUAGGAUCGAUGACAAAGGUGAACUGAUAUUACAACACGGACACAGGUGUGGAAGAUGUAAGUUAUGUAACGUAACGGUCCUGAAUGACGGAGUUGACUGGACUUCCGGAGACAACGUUUAUUGGAAGCAUGACAUUCGCCGUUCCGAGGCACUUAAGGUUAUAUUACACGGAAAUGCCGAGUUUGAGGCCUACAAUGUUAUCAUACAGGGAAAUCAUGUAUUUGAAGUCCCAGAUGGCUAUAAAAUGAAGAUUACUGCUGGAGAUUCAGGUUUAGUCGUUCAGAUGGACCUGAUUCCGCAGAAUCUGAUGGAUAACGGAAGUUGGUUCUGGAAAUACGAUACCAAAGGCAGCCACAUUUUGCUGGAAUUGGUAGAGUUGUAAAAAAGAUCAUCGCCCAAUGAUUAACUCUUUGGUUUACGCGAAUCACUGUUCGCUAUCACUGAGCUUCAACCACUUUAGUUCUGAUCGGUUGAACAUAAGUCUAACCUGUCCUAUACUAGUAAAUAUUCGAGUUUACCGGUAUUAGCUUGAUGUGCAUACAUUCGUUUUUUUCUUAUCGGAAAAAUGUAAACGAACAAUGUAUAAGUUCUAUCAAUGAAAUUUGUAUUCAUAUAA